AUGGGAGCUUACAGAGCCGACGAUGACUACGACUAUCUCUUCAAAUUAGUCUUGAUUGGAGAUUCCGGCGUCGGAAAAUCCAACCUUUUGUCUCGAUUCACAAGAAACGAAUUCAGUAUCGAGUCGAAGUCAACCAUCGGUGUCGAAUUCGCAACAAGAAGUGUUCAUGUCGACGAGAAAAUCAUCAAAGCUCAGCUUUGGGAUACUGCUGGUCAAGAAAGAUACAGAGCAAUCACGAGUGCAUACUAUAGAGGAGCAGUAGGAGCUCUUCUAGUAUACGACAUAACUCGACACAUAACAUUCGAAAACGUUGAAAGAUGGCUCAAGGAGCUUCGUGAUCAUACCGAUGCAAAUGUCGUAAUCAUGCUUGUUGGAAACAAGGCCGAUCUUCGUCAUCUUCGUGCGGUUCCAACCGAAGAAGCUAGAUCAUUCUCAGAAAAAGAAAACAUGUUCUUCAUGGAAACUUCUGCUCUUGAUGCUACAAAUGUUGAGCAAGCUUUCACUCAUGUCUUGACUCAGAUUUAUCGUGUAAUGAGUCGUAAAGCUCUUGAUGGAACCGGAGAUCCCAUGUCUUUGCCUAAAGGACAAACCAUUGAUAUUGGAAACAAAGAUGAUGUUACUGCGGUUAAAUCCUCUGGUUGUUGUUCAGGUUGA